CAGUUCAAAGUACGCACACGUUUUGGAGAUACUAUUUGGAGACAGACUAGAGCACUUUCUCUUUUUACCUGAAAAAAGUUACAGAAAAUCAUCAGCUGUUGCUCGAGUGUGGAGACGCCUGCAAACAAGACUAGGUUAUUAUACAAUAUUUUAGAAAGGCAUAUGCAUAAAGACAUUCUCUCUCCAAAAGGCUUUGUGCAGUUGACUGCCUCUUUGCAGGAGCAAAUAGCGUCUACUGUUACUUUUUAUCCACUUUUGGACAUUUUAAAUACUUUGGUCAAGAUUUUCCUCGUGUGUAAAGCAUCUCUAGGGAUCUCACCCUCAAGAGCCGUACUUUCAUAUUUUGUGCGUAAUUGUUCGACAACAUUUUUCGUAUGAAUCUACUCGACCCCUUCCUGAAAAUGACAGACGAACAAGACAAAUGUCUCUCUGACGCACCGAGCCCGAGCAUGUCCGAGGACUCUGCGGGAUCCCCGUGCCCUUCCGGCUCUGGCUCAGACACCGAGAACACCAGACCUUCAGAGAACGGUCUGCUGAUGGGUCCGGACGGCCCCCUCGUCGAGUUCAAGAAGGACGACGAUGACAAGUUCCCCGUGUGCAUCCGCGACGCGGUGUCCCAGGUACUGAAGGGCUACGACUGGACCCUGGUGCCAAUGCCAGUCCGAGUGAACGGAUCUAGUAAGAACAAGCCCCACGUCAAGAGACCGAUGAACGCUUUUAUGGUUUGGGCGCAAGCCGCUCGGAGAAAGCUGGCUGAUCAGUAUCCUCAUCUGCAUAACGCGGAGCUGAGCAAAACUCUGGGGAAACUAUGGAGGCUACUCAAUGAGGGAGAGAAGCGUCCGUUCGUGGAGGAGGCAGAACGCUUGAGGGUACAGCACAAGAAAGACCACCCCGACUACAAGUACCAGCCCCGGCGGAGGAAGUCCAUGAAGAACGGACAAAGCGAGUCUGAGGACGGCAGCGAGCAGACGCACAUAUCGCCAGGAGCGAUCUUCAAGGCGCUCCAACAAGCUGACUCUCCAGCCUCUAGCAUAGGAGAAGUGCACUCCCCCGGAGAACACUCAGGCCAGUCCCAAGGGCCCCCCACCCCUCCCACCACUCCUAAGACCGACAUCCAGGUGGGAAAGGUGGACCUGAAGCGCGAGGGUCGCCCCUUACAGGAAGGCACGGGCCGCCAGCUCAACAUCGACUUCCGGGAUGUGGACAUCGGCGAGCUGAGCAGCGACGUCAUCUCCCACAUCGAUACCUUCGAUGUCAACGAGUUCGACCAGUACCUGCCCCCCAAUGGUCACCCAGGCGCUCCUGGCACUGCUGCUGGCCAGGUCUCCUACAACGGUACCUAUGGCAUCAGCAGCUCCGCAGUCAGCCAGGCAGCAGGGGGCACCGCAGGGCACAGCUGGAUGACCAAGAGCCAGAGUCAGCAGCAGCACUCCCUGACCACGCUGGGUAGUGGAGGGGAGCAGGGUCAGAACCAGAGGACCACCACACACAUCAAGACAGAGCAGCUGAGCCCCAGCCACUACAACGAUCAGCAGAACUCCUCCCCUCCACAGCACGUCACCUAUGGCUCCUUCAACCUGCAACACUACAGCUCUUCCUCCUACCCCUCCAUCACCCGUGCCCAGUAUGACUUUUCUGACCACCAGGGUGGCACCAACUCCUACUACAGCCACGCAGCCGGGGGCCAGGGCUCAGGGCUCUACUCCUUCAGCAGCUACAUGAGCCCCAGCCAGAGGCCCAUGUACACCCCCAUCGCAGACACAACCGGGGUGCCCUCCGUGCCACAGACCCACAGUCCCCAGCAUCACUGGGACCAGCAGCCAGUGUACACACAGCUCUCCCGGCCCUGAGGACACAGUCAUCUACACACAGACUUACAUAGACUGAUAGACAUGCCCAUCUUGCAGAGGGAGACUUUGUCACAACAUUCCAACAUCUAGCUCCCAGCAAACAGACACUUGAAUUUACAACAGAGGAAGAAGACGACAAAGAAGAAGGAGGAAAGCUGGAAUUGAGAGAACUGAAAUUAGAUCAGAAUGGCUCACAACGUGCCUUUUUUUGUGUAUUGAUUAAACAUAUUUUGAGCAUUGAGAAAUCCUCUGUGAGGACUGAUUAAAUUGUUGAUAUUUUUAGUAGGUACUGUGUAUGUUUUCUUACCUUUUUUACUCUGGCAGUUUGCUAUUCUGGGGAUUUUAAACACGUAUUUGCAGAGAAAAAGCUUUAUUUUUAUCCAGUUCAGCAGUAAACCACAGUAGUGCAGUUAUCUAUUCUAUGGCCUCAAUUCUCUGGAGGAAUUUUUUACAGGCAGUCAAUCUCUAUCCUUUUUUGGUUGCGUUGGUUUUUCUUUGUCUUCCUGCAGUGCAUUGUGCUUAUAUGUGCUGUGCCAUCCAACAAAAUAAAUUACAUUUGUAUUUGUGCA